AUGUCUGAUCAACUGUCUGAUUCAACAUAUGAUCACGUUAAUGCGAAGUGCUGGGGAUCAUUGGAAGAAGACCUCCCCGAAUAUCUGUGUGAUGAAUUUUUCAGAACACAUGGCGACAUCAAUGGACGCGAGGCUAUACAUUCAGUAAGCAGAGUGGCGGAAGAUGAGGCAAGUUUUUGUUCUCAAACACUUCUCGUAACCCUAAGCCCUUAUCUGCAGCAAUCUACGAGAGAGCACGAUCCGCAGGUCAAUUCAAGACCAUCUCAGGACGUAAAUCGUCCUCAACAACCGGUUGAGGCCACCGCAUCCGAAAUACAAAAUGAAAACCGUCCUCUACAGCCAAUCGUGGCCAAGGCGUCUGAAAAUAUUGAGGAUCUCAGCCGCUUGGCAAUGUUUGGCAAACAGAAGAAGGUGCUUCGCCGUUCUCAAAUCCAACUUGAACAAAAAGCAGCAGGAGCACCGUCAUCGGCAAGCAGACCGUUGUCAAGCAGGCAUAGCUCACAACGCGAAACGCCAAGUCGUGGAGCAGUCCCAGCGCCUGUUACAAGUGUGCGCUCUUCUUGUUCCCAGCGGACUGGCCCCCCCGUACGAGUAAUAUCUGAUACUCAACAAAAAGUUUCCCUCACAGCAGAUGCUUCGACUGAGUCCACUACAAGUCAAAUGAGUUAUGAGACAGCUAACAAGGCCCGCUCUACUCCAUCCGAUCAAGUAGCUAACCUCGCAAAGGGCGUAAGCCAACUUGGAAUUGGUACAGAAAGACGUGCCCGUGAUCGAGCGCCUAGAACAAAUACCAGUAGCUCAGCUAAAAAUCCACUACGUAGUGACCCUGUGCGUAUCGGUCGAUGUCCGCAAUCUAAAGAUGCGUCUUUACGCAGUACUACUGUUCCGAGCGAGAACGAAUUCCGUCGUGAGUUGGUCACUCGUGUUUCGAGCUUGGGGCCGAAGCCUCGCUCCACUUCAACUCCGAGAAAUGAUAACAAGGCAGCAUGUACUGCUUCGGCUGUCAUGAGUGCUAAUAGAGACACCUCAAGAACUCGUCGUCUCGUUGCUAGUGCUCCUCGCGCUGGAACCACUGCAAAACCUCAUCGUCCUCCUAGCGUGACGAGGCCAAAAACUCCAGUUGUAUCGUCGAGUCGGCCCAUUCCUUCUCGUAGUGGAGCUACAAUACCAAAAAGCACUAGCGCACAGCAGGGAACCACAUCACAAGUCAUCCGAAACGAGAAUCCUCGGCCACUUGGACCUCGCUCUACUGUAAUAAGUCGCACCCCGGUAUUACCAAGAGAAAAAGGAGAUGGUACUCCGUUACGUGGUUUUCGCAGCAAAGAGCUUCGUCAACAUCCUGCUCCUACGAGCGGUUCGAUAACAAGCUCGACAGUAGAAGUUAGUUCAACAGCAAGCUCGGCUACAGAGGCACGGUCCAAGCUUGUCUUGACAAAGGAAAGGGAACGCGCAAUGAUCAGUCGCCUAGCUGUUCCCAAGAACGCUGCCGCUAGGACGCCCCUCAAGGUAAGCAAUGUCCAGACACACGGGCUUAGUUGCGUGAAGGUUCGCAGUCGAUCAUCUUCUGUAGUUCGUCGACCAGCCUCAACGCUCAGCAAUGGUAGCGCUCCUUCUUGUUCUCAAGCCCUUCCAUUCUCUGGAGUAAGUGGUCCAUCAUCGGUUGAGCCAACUGUGUGUUCAAAACCAGCAGCUGUGGAUGGCGACAACGUGGUUGAAUGA